GUUGAAUUGGACGUCUCCAUUGCGUCAUUUGGCGCUUCGCUCCCGAUGCACCUCUUUUCCCGAAAGCCUAAAGAUAGAUGUUUCGAUUUCAGUCCCUGGAUGAAGACUGUACGUUGGAGGAGGAAGAUGAGGGGCUGAUCGAAGAGGAAGAUGAAAUUGAUCAGUUCAAUGAUGACACAUUUGGGGCUGGGGCCAUCGAUGACGACUGGCAGGAGGAACACAAACGCCUAGCUGAGCUCGAUGAGAGGGACGGGCUCGGAGCAGGUCUGGGGUUGGGAGGAGGAGGUAUGGGAGGAGAGUCUGAUUUAGGAGGAGCCGGAGACUUGUCCUCCACACCCCUCCCUUCCUCUGCAGGCCAUUUUCCUCCUCCAUCGUCCCUCCCCUCACUCAAGUUCUCCUCAUCCUCCUCUGGAGUGCCUCCCCCAGAUGUGGAGGAUCGAGCAGGUGGAGGUGACUUGGCCGAGUCCCUGGCCAGGCUCAUCCUUGAGGCUGACCCGGCCAUCGCUGGGGUCGGUGCGGCUGAGAGGCCAGGCCCACCACUCAGCUCUUCAGGAUCCAGCCUGUCUGCACUGCAGGGACUCGACCGAUCCAGAGUCCUGCCCCAGCCUUCCUCCAUCCCACACCCCGGCCAGCAUCCCCACCAUCCCCAGCACCAGCUGCCUCCUGGGCCCUCCACUUCAGGCCUUCCACCUGGCCCCCCUCCUUCAUCCAUGCUCAGUUACCAACAGCAGCAACACUUGCUGCGCAGAGGGGCCGCUCCUAUGGGACAGAUGAACUCUCACAGUAUCUGGGAGAACAGCAUGGGUUUUGGGCCAGUCAGCGUUACCCCAGGACUGGUUACACACAUGGAGGAUAACACACUUAUGUCCAUCAUCAAGGAGGUGGGCCUUCCUAAACGACCUCCUCAGGGGAGAAAUGAUGAAGGACGGGAUUUGUCAGAAAGGGUCCCACCUCCAAGAUCCUCUUCCCCUGUGAUUGGCUCCCCUCCUGUGAGGGCGGUGCCUAUUGGGACGCCGCCCAAACAACCAAUGAGCCACGCACUGAAUCAUCAGAUCCACCAUCCCACGGCGGUUCAUGUGAGAGCCCCGGUGCAGCACAGAUACCCUCCUCCUUUCCCUGAGCGUCUGUCACCCAACACCCUCCUCAAUAUAGCUAACUCUCCACUGUGCCGUGGUCCGUUCCCUCCAGGAGUCCUGUCUCAGAUCCAAAGGGCGCAGCUGCUCAACUCUCAGGUGGCUGGUUUCCCCCGUGGUGGCCCAGCUCCUCCGUUGUUACCGGGCGGUGGUGGUUUCAGGCCCUUCUUCGGGGGUCCUCCUCCUCCACACGGUCACAGAAUGGGCCCACCUCCCCCUCACGGACCCCCAAACCACACACCGCCCAUUAGACACAACACCACCCACCUCCACCCACAGCACCGCCGCAUGCUCACACAGCGCAUGCAGAACAGAGGAGGGGACCGGAACAGGACGGGAGGAGACCGGCGUAGCAGGGACCCUUACAGUAACCUGAUGACCCAGAAAGAGAAGGAGUGGGUCACAAAGAUCCAGAUGAUGCAGCUGCAAAGUACAGAUCCUUACCUGGAUGACUACUACUACCAGAACUACUACGAAAAGAUGGAGAAACGUCAGGAAAGAGAGAGAGACAGCAGCAAGAAGGAGCAUGCCACCAAACUGAUCACUCCGCAGGUCGCCAAGGUGGAACACACCUACAGACCUGUUCAGUUCGCAGGCUCUCUGGGUAAACUGACCGUCUCAAGCGUCAACAACCCUCGAAAGAUGAUCGACGCUGUAGUGACGUCUCGCACGGAUGAUGAGGAAAAAAGAGAGAAGCAGGUUUGGAAUAAGAGACGGCAGAUCCUCUACACUGUAGAGAAGAUGUACAGUUUGCUGCUUGAGGUUCAAGACUUUGAGAAACGUUUUGUGCAGACGCCGGAGGAGGACCGGGAGGCUCUGCUGGAGCAGCACAAAACCAACACGGUGCAGCUGUGCAACUCUCUGAUGGAGAAGGAGUGGGACGACAGAGUGAGCGAUGAGCAAUGUGUGAUGAUCAUGUCUGUGAGGAAGGGCAAGCGGCUCAUCUCCAGGCUUCUCCCCUUCCUGCCGUCACCCCAGGCUGCCGCCGUUGUCAUGGCGAUUGCCCGAAACCUCCCCACCCUGGCCAAGAAGGACAAGCAAGAUCAGGUGCUGUGCUGGUUAGUGGAGCCGGUUUCUGCUGUGAUCCAGUCUUUGUCGAGCUCUGCUCUCACAGACCUGCUGCAGGAGCUUCAGGGCAGCGAGGGCCAGCUGGCUACAGUACUACACAACAAGUUCGGUGUGACUCUUCUGUAUCUGAUCCUGAGUGAAGGAGAGAGGAUGCAGAGUUCCGACCCCAACUGUCAACUCAUGGACGACAAUCGAUGGACCGAGUUGGUGUUUUCAGUGACGAGGGAGCUGCUCAGCGUUCCUUCCUCGUCCCUCUCUCCCCCCCUCUUCACCCCUCCAAACCUCCUCUCCCUUCUGUCUCGCUAUGUUGACCGGCAGAGGCUGGAGCUGCUGCAGGACAAGCUACAGAUCUCUGCUUUGUCCAGGUAGAAGUUACAACAAACAUCAAUACAACUCCCCCCCUCCCCUCGAUGCAGAGCUUUGUUUUUGUGUGUGUCACAGGAGUGUAUGAAUGUGUGUGUGCUCUUGAGGUGAAUCCAUGGUGGAUCAUUUUAAUCCAACAGACUCUAGUCACUUUUUUUUCUUUGUGUUAAGUCUGUGUGCGUGAGUGUAAGGAGAGAGUGUGAGAGUUGGACAGUUUGAAUGACGAUAAAAAUGAAAUCUGCAUUUUUAAAUCUCUUGUUUACGAUUAUGCCUGUGAUAAACCUUCAAAUUAAAAGUAUUUCUAUUAUAUAAAAA